AUGAAGCUCUUGUCAAUACUGACUCUUUUUGCCGUUACUGUUUCGGUGAUUUCGGAACUGCCGGAGAAAGACUGGUGGGAAACGGCUUUAUUCUAUCAGGUCUAUCCACGAUCAUUCUUCGACACCAACGCGGAUGGAGUUGGUGAUAUCCAAGGUGUAACGGAAAAACUCCAAUACUUAGUUGAUACCGGAUUCGAUGCGGCCUGGCUCAGUCCGGUUUUUAAAUCUCCGCAGCGGGAUUUCGGUUAUGAUGUCAGUAAUUUCAUGGAAGUAGACGAACUGUUCGGUACCAACGAAGAUUUGGAAAAGCUUUUCGAAGAGGCUCAACGUUUGGGAAUUCGGAUAGUUUUGGACUUCGUGCCAAAUCAUUCCAGCAUCGAACAUUGGUGGUUUAAACAGUCGGAGUUGGGCAUUGAACCGUACAAAGAUUAUUACGUUUGGCAUCCGGGUAAGCCUGUUUUGGGUCAGAUUAAACCAGAUGUUCCAAAUAAUUGGAGAUCAGUGUUCUACGGAUCGGCCUGGGAGUGGAGCAGCGUUCGUAAAGAGUACUAUCUGCAUCAGUUUGAAGUCGGUCAACCGGAUUUGAACUUUCGCAAUCCGGCUGUAAUUGCAGAGUUCGAUGAGAUCCUUCGCUUCUGGAUGGGUAAAGGAGCUGCCGGAUUCAGGGUUGAUGCCGUCAAUCAUAUGUUCGAGGAUGAUCAGUUCAGAGACGAACCGAUAGCGGAUCCAUCCGAUCCGUUGAGCUAUGGAUACACCAAUCACAUGUAUACAAAUAACCUGUUAGAAACUUACAAUGUGAUCGGGCAUUGGAGAAAGGUCAUAGAUGAAUAUAAAGAGCAGAACAAUCGUGAAACAAUAAUUAUGAUGACCGAAGCGUAUACCAGCAUGGAUAUGAUAAUGCGUUUCUACGAAUCCGAUGACCGCACGGAACAACGGGCCCAUUUCCCGUUCAACUUCGCCAUGAUCACUGAGCUGAACGACCGCUCCAAUGCCCGGGACUUCAAGUAUGUCAUCGACCGGGGCCUGGAAAACAAACCUCGAGGAAAAAUCACCAACUGGGUUCUCGGUAACCACGAUCAACCUCGAGUUGGUAGCCGAUAUGGACCGGAACGGAUCGACGGGAUGUUACUGAUGCUCCUCACUCUCCCCGGAGUAGCAGUAACAUACUAUGGAGAAGAGAUCGGUAUGCUCGAUUACCGGGACAUUUCCUACGAAGACAGUAGGGAUCCUCAAGGAUGUAACGUGGGACCAGAGGCUUACAAAUUUAAAUCCCGGGAUCCCCAGCGUACCCCUUUUCAGUGGGAUGAUACCUUCAAUGCUGGGUUUUCCGCAGCAAAUAGAACUUGGCUUCCGCUUAAUCCUUACUUCCGUCAGUUCAACUUGAGGAAGCAACAAGAGGCCGACGAAAGUACCUAUAAAUUCUAUGUGGAAACUGCGAAACUUCGUAAAAACAAAGUACUAACCCAUGGACAUUUCAAAUCACGAGCGUUAGAAGAAAAUGUGUUUGCUUUCGUUCGAUAUUUGAAACCAGAAGAUGAUCCGGAAAAAAUGUACGAACCCUACUUGAUAACGGUUGUAAAUUUAGCCGCCGACACCGUGGAAGUUGAUGUGAAUGCGUUAUAUGAACUUGGAAACAGUUCAUUCGUCCGGUUGACUGGAACGAAGUCUCGUUAUUUCAAAGGCCAGCCGGUUAAUCCAAACAAUCUUUUACUGGGACCGUACGAGUCUUUGGUGCUAGCGGAGUCAGGAGCAUUGAGAAAUAUUGUGUCUUUUUUGUUUAUAGUAUGUGCCACUUUAAUGAAAUUCAUUUUCAAUUAGAACAUCUCUAGGCUAAGGCUUAUAAGUGUUUUAUAAAUUAAUGACAUGCAUGGUGUUUAGCAAUUAAUACUAAAAUUUAUAAAAUUCUAUAAUCAAACUGGAAUCAUUUAAAAUCUCACUGUUUGUUCUCUUUCGAUACCUCUCUACUUUUCAUUAGAAAUAGCAUACGGAUACUUUUGACA